AUGUUUCGACUUGGCUCCGCCAGAUUGACAGGCCGGAGACUCCUGGAAGAGCUGCACUCAACGUCCACGACGACCGAAGUCCCCAUCCCCGGGGCACCGAGCCCAGCGGACGGCUAUGUGGAGACUAUCCCGAUCGCAACCCCUGGCGAAUCUGUCGCAAGGUCUGGACAUGCGUACCUUUCCGAGAUAGGGGAACAGUCCGGAAUGAAGGGGAAGGUUAAGACUCGCAAAGCACCUGCGGCCACGGACACCAAAACGGACCAGGAGGGAGAAGAGCCAGAAGAAGACGACGAGAAUAAAGCGUGGACCGACCUUCCUGAUAUUUUGCCUGGCAAGAAGACGAUGAAGAUAUUCCGUACGGUCUUGGAGACCGAUAAGGACGGUGGUGAGGCGGAGGAAACUGUGCAGAACUUGAAGAAGGGCUAA